AUGCAUGUUCAAUGAGGGAGCGCGCGCGGGCUCUGGAACUGAGCUCUUGCUGCGAGAGCUCCUCGUCGAUUGCUGUAGUCUUCAAAGCCACUCCAGCACAACGCACAUCAUAUGUGGAGCUUUUCCAAUGCAAUAUGAGUGAUUUAUCUCAUAAGGGGUGAGACAGCGCUGUGGAAGGUGUACAACAGGGGAGGACAGAGAGCCGUUUUGCAACCCUUUGGUUGUGAUGAGUCCAGGAUUCCCGGAAAAUUGAAGUAUUUUUGGCCAUCUAAAGUAGAGCGAAUCUUCAGAAUUUCGUCGGACUAGGGGAAGAACACCCGAAGUAACUCAAACGAGUUCAUUUUCUGUCGACUAAUGAUGGCUGUCGAAUAUCCUUGAAAUUAAAUAGCGUGUGCUAUCCGUCCUCACAGUUUUUUUAUUUGACUGAAGUAAAAAAAAAUAAUGGUUCCGCAGUUUUUCCUGCUUUGUCUUGUGCUCUGACAAUUUCAUUUCAAACGUUGUGAGCUGACUUGAACCGGAGAGACCGUGCUUUAUGCUGUAACACAUUUAGAAAACAAACUCAAACAUACUCAAACGAGUGGAUAUACUUUAUUGAAACCAGCUUCAAUUGAUCAUCUGAUUCUGUUGCAGGGAUUAUCAAAAUCAGCUGCCACCCGAAGUGUGAAAGAUGAAGCCCUCAGUCCUCAUGUUCCUCCUUAUCAGCUCUGCCGCCUGCAUCAAUCUCAAAUACAUCUCCAAGAGAAACUCGGUGGACGGGUGCAUCGAUUGGUCAGUAGACCUGAAGAGGUACCGGGUCCUAGCAGGGGAACCAGUGAGGGUGAAGUGCGCCCUGUUCUACAGCUACAUCAGGACCAACUACUCCAUGACUCAGAGCGCCAAGCUCCGGCUCAUCUGGUACAAAAACAAAGGGGACUCUGAGGAGCCUAUCAUCUUCUCCGGCCAUCGGCUAAGCAAGGAGGAUGACUCCAUCUGGUUCCGCUCAGCUGAGCUGGAGGACAACGGCUUCUACACCUGCGUCCUGAGAAACUCCACCUACUGCAUGAAGGUGUCCAUGUCCUUGGCGGUGGAGGAGAACGACGAAGGCCUGUGCUUUAACAGUAAAAUACGCCACCUGGAGAAAGCCGAGAUCACUAAGAGCAAGAUGAUCAACUGCCCCGACAUCGAGGAUUACCUCGCCCCUUACAAGCAGCCGCAGAUGACCUGGUAUAAGGAGUGUGAGAAGAGGACGUGGCGGAGCUCCAUCAUGGUGAACAUCACCAACAUCUGGUUUCCUGAGGUACAGGAGGACGACGGCGGAAACUACACCUGUGAGCUCAAGUAUGGCAGCCGGGUGGUGAGGAGGACCACGGAGCUCAAAGUCACAGGUAAGCCCCCCAUGUCCCUCAGCCGUGGACACCUCCUGCUUCACGGUGGAGCCUCAGCCUUCGAUUCCUCCUGCUUCACGGUGGAGCCUCAGCCGUUGGCCCUCUUGCUUCAUGGUGGAGCCUCAGCCUUGGACCCUUCCUGCUUCACAGUGGAACCUCAGGCUUGGACCCUCCUGCUUCCCAGUGGAGCCUCAGGCUUGUACUCCUCCUGCUUCAUGGCAGAGCCUCAGCCUUGGUGCCCUCCAGCUUCACAGUGGAGCCUCAGCCGGGCCGGGCAGGCGGAGGAGUGGAGCAGGGCAGGUGGAGGAGGAGUGGAGCAGGGCAGGUGGACGAGGAGUGGAGCAGGGCAGGAAGAGGAGGAGUGGAGCAGGGCAGGUGGACGAGGAGUGGAGCAGGGCAGGAAGAGGAGGAGUGGAGCAGGGCAGGCGGAGGAGGAGUGGAGCAGGGCAGGUGGACGAGGAGUGGAGCAGGGCAGGAAGAGGAGGAGUGGAGCAGGGCAGGCGGAGGAGGAGUGGAGCAGGACAGGAUUGGAGCAGGGCAGGAUUGGAGCAGGGAAGGUGGAGGUGUGGAGCAGAGCAGGAUGA